UUAUAGGGUUAUAAAUUACUUAAAGUGAAAAAUUUAUAUCAAUGAUACACGUGCGUACGUUAUAUUUCUUCCUCUUACUGCUACUCCAUCCUUAUUUACUUUAUAACCACACAAGAAUGGUCCAAAUUCUCAGAUCCUUUUCCAACGUGUUCCAAUCUUAAGAAUUCUAUCUAUCUUCCUGCACAAUGAAGUGGUUCGAAGGAAGUAUUAACGAGGCUGUAACUACGUCGAAAUCAAGGAAAGCAAUUUUCGUUGUCUUCGUGGAAGGAAAAGAUGAUACUUCAACUCAAUUUGCUCAAGCAAUCGAUGUUACAGAAGUUUCUACACAAUUGGAACAUGAAGAUUUUGUUGCUAUUAAAUUAGAAAGUGGUUCAGAAUCAUAUAGAUUUUUUGCACAGAUUUAUCAUCUCGUUCCAGUACCAUCUUUAUUCUUUAUUGGUGAAAAUGGUAUACCACUUGAAAUAGUUGCUGGUAACGUGACUGCAACUGAACUUACAUCCAAAAUUGAAUCUGUUUUAAAAAAAGCAGGAAAGGAAACUAAAAAAGGUUCUCAAAAUUUAAUAGAAUCUGAAAAAAAAUCAGCAGCAUGUACUAAUGCACCAGAUGCUUCUACCAGCAAUGUUACUACUGUAAAUACUCCUGAUACUAAAGUUGCAACGGAUGUACCAACAGAAACUGUUACAAAUACAGAGAGUGGACAUAAAUUAGUAGAAAAUGAAUCUUCAGAUUUGAUAGAUAAGGAUAUACCAACCACUAGCAAUGAAACUAAGGUAGACAAUAAUGCUACAGAAUUAUCAAUGCAGGAAAAGUUAGAGAGAGCCAAACAAUUGAUAGAAGUACAAAAAAAACAGCGACAAGAGGAAGAAGAAAGAAAAGAAAAAGAAAGAGAAAUGGAACGCCGCAAAAUGGGAAGAGAUGUGCAAAAAAUGAGACAAAAGCAACAAGACUUGGAGGUAAAACAAGCUCACGAAGAAAGGAUGAAAGAAAAAGCAGCAGAAGCAGCUGCUAGAGAGAAAGUAAGGCUUCAGAUUGCUCAAGAUAAGCUUGAACGAAAACAAAAGGAGUUAGCUUUGCAGCAACAUGUGCAACAACAACCUGCAGAACAACCAAAAGUUCGACCCACUUCAUUUGCCGAUACUACAGUAACAAGAAUUCAAUUUAGAUUGCCAUCUGGUAAUCCACAUAUGGCUGAAUUUUCACCAGCAAAUACUUUACGUACUUUACGUACUUACGUGACCGAAAAUAUUAAUUUACCAUUUCGCCAAUUCGUUAUGUCAACAUCAUUUCCUAGAAGAGAUCUAACAAACGAAGAUGAUAAUAAAACUCUCUUGGAAUUGGAAUUGGUUCCUAGAGCAGUGAUUUUAAUUCUACCAUUGAAAAAUAAUAAUAUUACAACAUCGGUAACGUCUACUCAAGAUGUUAGCUUUUUUUCACGCUUCGUGUGGUCCUUUUUUGCUCCAGUAAUUGGUAUAUAUAAUUAUUUAAUGGGAUAUUUUACUGGGACUUUACAUGGAAAUUCUGAUCAGAAUAACGAAGACACCGUUAAUUCGUCUGGUGCUUCAAAUAGCGGAGAUGGACCUACAUUUUCAAAUUUGCAAAAUCUAGCUCGAUCAACAGGAAGAAAUAUCAGCAUACCAGGUGGUGCCACGAUUAGAGCACAAGGUAAUAUACAUAGACUACAUUCUGCUGGAGAUGAUAAUGAUGAGAAUAAUACUUGGAAUGGUAAUUCAACACAACAAAUGUGAAUGAAUUUAAAAUAAAGUUACACUGCGCAGAUAAUCUGCCUUGUUAAACAAUUUUCAACUUCAUUUUUAAUAAAUACCUAUGUUAUAAUGGUCGCGGUUAAGUAAUAUAUAUAUAUAUAUAUAUAUAUAUAUAUAUAUAUAUAUAUAUAUAUGUAUAUAUAUAUUCUUUUUUGCAAAAAAUAUAUUAUUACACAAAGCGUCACAAAUUCGAAUUGAAAUAAAGUUUAUAUAUGAAACGUGUUUAAUGCCUCAAUUAUAAUAUAGUAUAUGCAAGACACAUGUAUUAAAUAUAAAGUUAUGUUCUCUCUUUCUCUUUCUCUUUCUCUCUUUCUCUUUCUCUCUGUCUAAUAUUACAUUAAACAAACAUUUCGGCCUAAUUAUAUAUGAAAGUCGAUGUUCAACUUGAGAAAUAAAAUAAAGUAUGUAUGUAUGAAAGAUAUACGGACCAAGUAGUGAAACAAAUUCACAGGUGCUGUCGAGAUGGCUGGAAUGAAUUAAUUGAAAAUAUAUGUGUAUUACAAUUGUAUAUAUAGUUGAAUUUUUAUGACUGGUGCUAACAAAUUUUAAUGAUUGCUAAUUUCUUUCUUUUUUCUUCCUUUUUUUCUUUCUAUUUAAUAGACACGUUUCGUCGGCGCCUGUGAGAUUAUUAUACUUAGCAAUAUAAACCAUACACACACCCACAUAUACAUAUAUAUAUAUGUCAAAAAUUAAAAGAAAAAUUAAUCUGUAAAAGUAUUUACAUUAAAUAAUUCUCUUUUCAUUUUAUAGUAAUUAUAAUUACGAGUUUAUUGUAAUACGAUAAAAAAAUUACGAUCUGUUGUAGUAGAGAGUAUACUAUAAUAAUCUCUCUCAUUGAAUUACUUUAAAUUAAUAUACAUGUAUAAAUAUAUUAAAGUAAUUAUGGAAAAGA